AUGGGGGAGCCAAGCGAUGCUGAAGCUGUAUAUGGCAGAUUCCUAUGCAGGGGAGAUGUCACCAAGGAAGUGUGCCUGGAAUGUGUGAAAGCUGCUAGUGUCAGUAUCAAAGAGAAAUGUCCUAUGGUCAAAGCGGCCAUUCUCUGGUACGACGAGUGCAUGUUGCAGUAUUCUAACCGUAACUUCUUCCCAGCGACGGAUGAAGUGCCUAUUCUGGAAAGUUAUAAUGGGCGGAAUGUGAACCAGCCCACCGAUUUCAUGAGGCUGUUGGAAAAAACAUUGAAGCAGUUGAUUACUCGGGCUGCUAAAAGAUCCGAUAAGAAGUAUGCUUCCAAAGAGGCCCCCGUCAAAGGAUACAGCGACGCUACUCUGUAUACGUUUGCCCAGUGCAGGCCUGAUCUCUCAGCGGCUCUCUGCGAGGAUUGCCUGCAGAAUGUGAUUUCGAUUCUCCUGACAAAACAAACUGGGAAAAUCGGAGGCAGAAUCUUGCGUUCGAGUUGCUUCGCCAGGUUCGAGAUAAGCCCGUUCUACACAGUCGGUCUACUUUGUGUCAUGCUCUGGUUUACCCUCAAAAGAGAAAGGAGCAAGAGAAACAAUGUCGAAGAAGAUCUAAAUGUUGGAAGCAAAAUUUCAGAACUACAUUCAUUGCAAUUUGAUGUGGGCACAAUUGAAGCCGCCACAGAUUACUUCUCGAAUGGCAACAAAUUAGGGGAAGGCGGGUUUGGUCCGGUUUACAGGGGUACACUCCCUUGUGGGAGAAGAAUUGCAGCAAAAAGGUUGUCUCAAAAUUCGAAACAAGGCAUGCAGGAAUUCAAAAACGAAGUCGAAUUGGUAGCCAAGCUUCAGCACAAAAACCUAGUGAGGCUAUUAGGAUUUUCGAUGGAAAGAGAAGAAACGAUACUAGUCUAUGAAUAUGUGCCCAACGGAAGCCUCGACCGGCUGCUCUUCGGUUUGUGCCUCACUCUUCAUCUUCUUUAA